CCUCCGCCCCUGUUUCAAAGGAUAAGAAACCCUGCGCGAAGAUUUCCUUCUUUUCCAGGCGGCUGCCGAAGAUGGCGGAGGGGCAGGUCCUGGUGCUCGAUGGCCGAGGCCAUCUCCUGGGCCGCCUGGCGGCCAUCGUGGCCAAGCAGGUACUGCUGGGCCGGAAGGUGGUGGUCGUGCGCUGUGAGGGCAUCAACAUUUCUGGCAAUUUCUACAGAAACAAGUUGAAGUACCUGGCCUUUCUCCGCAAGCGGAUGAAUACCAACCCAUCCCGAGGCCCCUACCACUUCCGAGCUCCCAGCCGCAUCUUUUGGCGGACUGUGCGAGGCAUGCUGCCCCACAAGACCAAGCGGGGCCAGGCUGCACUGGACCGCCUCAAGGUGUUCGAUGGUAUCCCACCACCCUAUGACAAGAAAAAACGAAUGGUGGUUCCCGCUGCCCUCAAGGUUGUGCGUCUCAAGCCUACACGGAAGUUUGCUUACCUAGGGCGCCUGGCUCAUGAGGUUGGCUGGAAGUACCAGGCAGUUACAGCCACUCUGGAAGAAAAGAGGAAGGAGAAGGCCAAGAUCCAUUACCGGAAAAAAAAACAGCUCAUGAGGCUACGGAAACAGGCUGAAAAGAAUGUGGAGAAGAAAAUUGACAGAUACACAGAGGUCCUCAAGACCCAUGGACUCCUGGUCUGAGCCCAAUAAAAUUGACUGUUAAUUCCUCAUGCUUGGCCUUGCCUGCCCUUCCUCCAUCGCCGCCCUUGGAUGUGGGUGACCCCCAGGGGAUGCCUUCCAGGGGCCACAGGCAGCCUCGGCUUUAGAAAGCUGGGAACACCUUUAGAAAGGGUCCUUAGUUACCACUGUUUUUAAAAAAGGCCUGUUAAAAAGUUCUAAUGGCUCUAAGAGCUGUGCAGGAAUAAUUUGCCUGUGACCUUGUUCAUAAGAGUAUUAGGAAAUAUGACAGCUGGAACAGCCAGUUCAUUUUUAAGUAAUUAAUUGCAAGUGAGCUGGAAAGCACAAAUUUAAACUUCCCACAUGAUCAGAUACUAUGCUAUACUCUGCAGCUGUUAGGAUGUGAGAGAACACUUGGAGGCCUGGUGUUGUACAAGGGUACUUAACAGGCAACUAAGGAGUUAUGGGUACUGAUUGCCCUUCCCUACUGUACCUUGUGAUCAGAAACGAAUAAAUUAUUUUUAAAGAAA